AUGUCCUUUAACAUUUUAAAACUGAUCAAUCCCUACCAUGUUCUACCCUGAAACACAAAUUAGUCCGGUCCGAGACGAAAGAAGUAGGACAAAUUUCUGCAAAGAUGAAAGCACAGCUGCUAGCGUUGACAGCAGUUUUGGUUCUGAGUUUCAUAGCUGAAAAAUGUAGACAAUUGGUCGGAGAAGAAUCAGCUUCAAGAAGCAAGACAGAGAGAUUCACAUUCACAAACUGCUUCGACAUGAGUUAUGGAACCAUAGGCUGCCUACUCAAGGAAUUGGUAAAAAUUUAUUUAUACUACAUUAGAGCAACUCACGUGCACAAGGUAAGGAAUGAAGCAACGAAAGAAGCAGUCCAAGAAAGCUUGUCCAAAGGACAAAGUCUUGAAGAUGCAAUGAAAACAGGGCAGAAAGUUGGAAAUGCUGCAGCCCAAAGAGCAUCUUUACAAGCGAAGCACAUUAUGGGACCAAUGGUGUCAUCUGGAUGGGACUUUUUUGAGACUGUAUAUGUAGGUGGCACAUUGGCUGAGGCAAUAAUUAGAAGUGUUGGGACAUUGUUGGGGUCAUAUAUUGGAGGAAUUAUUGGAGAAGGCAAAAAUAGGUGGUUGGGUUUUCUUUUGGGAAGUCAAUUGGGCAGCUGGAUUGGUGGGAGGUUGGGUCUAAUGUUGUAUGAUGUGGGAAAUGGGCUGCAGUUUCUGCUUCACCUCACAAAGAGUAAGAGUGAUGGAGAAAGCACCUCACUCUUGUUAGAAUUCUAGCCAGUGAAACCUUCCCGAUGUAAAGCUUAAUAUUUCUUGAUUAUAUCAAGGUUUAACCUUAUUGUAGAUUCAUUCCUUCUUGUUAUUUCUUAAAGAAAUUUCUACUAUAUUGAAAAAUAAAAAAAGGUAAACAAUGAA